UUUAUAAAGUAUAAAUAGAGUUAGAAAGGAAGAAAAUAAGUAGAGGGCAAGUUUAAUUUUUGUUUUAAUGAACAUAAAAAAGGAGGAGAUGGAGAACGUGGAAGAAAGUGAGGAUUUCUUUCUUGGAAAGCACGAGCAGGCCCACUCUGAAAUAUCUGUAAGAGAGAGCGAAUAUCUGCCGAAUGAAAGAGAUCUUUCCACGCCAGCAUCUGACGUAAAUAUAUAUGAGAUUAUUUCUAUGUACAUACCAGUAGAGAAAACAGACCAGAUGAAAAGUCUUAUAAGGGAUGUUGUUACAAAAAAGCACACAAAACAACAAAUUAUAACAAGAGUGAAUGAGAUGGGAAUAGAUCCCGUGGCAUAUAAUAGACUAAUUAUUCAUUUUAUAUCUCUUGCCAGCCAAGAAAGUGCAAAGAAUGUGCAGUCAGAGAGCAGGUCAAAAGUAUUAAAGUUAAAGGGGGCGUUAAAGGAUCAAUUCCUUAUGGAUAUAAAAAAAGACUUAGAUGAUCCUGCAUACAACACAAAGACACAUCAGCAAUAUUCACUAUUUAAAAGAACCCCUGAAGAUUUAUCUAGUGCUGUGAGUAAUAGGCCGCAACUUAUCUCUCUAUUCUCCGCCAACUAUAACGUACUGUGCUGCAAGAUAAAAAGGAUUUUAAGUGUGAAAGACCUCCACAAUAGACUUAAAAAGGGGUCAUUUGAGUACAAAUUAAGCGAACAGGUGACUUUGGAGACAGCAAAGUGUACAUAUGCAGCAAUUCUCCACUAUAUUAAGGAAACAAUAGGAAAGUGCUUGAAUAUUGAUAGAGAGCUUGAUAGAAAUAUGCUUAUAUCAGCCAUGUUUGGAAAUGUUCGGGGGGCGUAUUUACUAUACAACAAUUAUCCACCAUCAUAAAAUAAUUAAUAACAGAAAGGAUACAGAAAGAAAUUCGCUGUUGUGAUCGCAUGUAUGAUAUACAAUGUAAAAACAAAUUCUACUUCUGGAUAUUUUCAGAUAUUGCUAAUUGCUUCGGGA